UCUCGUUCUCAUUUUCAAGAACGGUGCAAGAACUAAAUUCUUUCCAAAAACUAUACCGCGAACAUAAAUACCCCAUUUUCCAAUACCUUUUCUCACACUUGUUGAAUACCGCUAUACCCAUCGAAAAUGCCUAUCCUCAUCCUCUACGCCAGCACCCACGGCUCCACUGCCGAAAUUGCCGAACGCAUUUCCUCCCGCAUCGCCUCACAAUUGCCUCCAACGGAAGUCCACGCUUUAAACGACAUCGACACAUCUUCCCUCUCUAACUACACAGCCAUCAUUCUCGGCUCCGCUAUCCACGGCGCCGCCUGGCUCCCUGAAGCUUCGAACUUCCUCACUGCGAACAAAAAUGCGCUAAACGCGAAACCGUUUUUCAUGUUCUCUGUCGGGGCGCCGGAGACGAUGCCGAAGUGGUUGAGGGGGAGAUGGGCGCGAAGUGAGAAACGGAGGAUUAGGGAGCGGGUGGAGGGUGUGCUAGGAGGGAAGGUAAAGGGAGAGGGUUUUUUUAGUGGGAAGUUGGAUAAGGGGGAUGCGCCAGGUUGGUUGCGGUGUUGUUGUGGGUUGGUGGGAGGUGGGAGGUACGGUGAUUUUAGGAAGUGGGAUGCUAUUGAGGCGUGGGCGGAUGAGGUGGUGGGAAUUUUGAAGGGGCCAGUGGAGGGAGAGGGUGCUGGAGAGGGUGAGAGCCAGAGGGGGCUUACGGAGUGAUUAGGAGGGGGCUGUGAAGGAGAAGGAAGGUGACGGAAGGCAGAUUCUCAGUGGAAAAGUGCGAAAACAAGAACGCGGGAUUGAAGUAAUAUUGUAAUGGGACGUGUCAGAGGAAGUUUGACUGUUUACCAUAUUUUGAUACCCGGAUUAUUGAUAUGGGACCCAGUGAUGCCUAGAUUGUAAGGCUUUUCCUUCACUGGUGGGUUUGUGUCUUAUCAAAUUAUUUUUUUAAAUAUUUUUCCCUAAUGCUCCCUAAGUCUCCC